AUGUGCCUGGGACAGGCGGCCCGAGGCCGGCGGGGCAGCAGAGCCACGGCCACCGGAGGCGUUGCACAGGUCAACGUGGAGGUGCAGGCCACCAUGCUCAGUCUCAAGCUACCCCAACUCCUUCAAGUCCACCAGGUUCCCCGGGUGUUCUGGGAGGACGGCAUCGUGUCCGGCUACCGCCGCCCCACCAGCUCGGCCUUGGACUGCGUCCUCAGCUCCUUCCAGAUGACCAACGAGACUGUCAACAUCUGGACGCACUUCCUGCCCACCUGGUACUUCCUGUGGCGCCUGCUGGUGCUCGCGGGAGGUCCCGGCUUCCGGGCGGAGCCCUACCACUGGCCGCUGCUCGUCUUCCUGGGGCUCACCUGCCUCUACCCGUUCGCGUCGUGCUGCGCGCACACCUUCAGCUCCAUGUCGCCCCGCGCGCGGCACAUCUGCUACUUCCUGGACUACGGCGCGCUCAGCCUCUACAGCCUGGGUUGCGCCUUCCCCUACGCCGCCUACUCCAUGCCGGCCUCCUGGCUGCACGGCCGCCUGCGCCAGCUCUUUGUGCCCGCCGCCGCCCUCAACUCCCUCCUGUGCACCGGCCUCUCCUGUUACUCUCGGUUCCCGGAGCUGGAAAGCCCUGGGCUCAGUAAGAUGCUCCGCACAGGCGCUUUCGCCUACCCCUUCCUGUUUGACAACCUCCCGCUCUUCUAUCGGCUGGGACUGUGCUGGGGCAGGGGCCACAGCUGUGGGCAAGAGGCGCUGAGCACCAGUCAUGGCUACCACCUGUUGUGCGCGCUGCUCACUGGUUUUCUCUUCGCCUCUCACCUGCCUGAGCGGCUGGCACCGGGACGCUUUGACUACAUCGGCCACAGCCACCAGCUAUUCCACAUCUGUGCGGUGCUGGGCACCCACUUUCAGCUGGAAGCGGUGCUGGCUGAUAUGGAAUCUCGCCAAGCCUGGCUGGCCACACAGGAGCCCCCCCUGGGCCUGAUGGGCACAGUGGCCACGCUGGGCUCGGCCGUGGCCGGGAACCUGCUCAUCAUUGCUGCCUUCACAGCCUCCCUGUUCCGGGCCCCUAGUACAUGCCCCCUGCUGCAGGGCGGCCCGCUGGAGGGGGAUUCCAACGCCAAGCAACAGUGA